UGAGUGUUUAGAGCUAGAUAGCUAAGCUAGGAAUAGAAAAAGAGGAACAUAAAGCAUUUUCACAGGGCCCACGACAUGUCCUCUCAAUAGACCCAAAGAUGGGAUUUCGAUUUCUAUCUUUUCUUUCAACACUGCACUAACCUAUUCUUCCCAUACCUCUGUCUUCAUUCUUUUUUCACCUCCUACCAUUUCUCCAAUUCUUCCCAAACAUGUCUGGAGAUCAUAGACGAAAAGAUUCCAUCGAAGCCUCCUCCUCACGAUCCACUAACGCCGAUCAUCAGCAGCAGCAGCAACAAAACCCUCCACCGCUCAGCCGCUACGAGUCUCAGAAGCGCCGGGACUGGAACACCUUCGGCCAGUACCUCAAGAACCAGACCCCUCCGGUUUCCAUGUCCCAUUGCCAGUUCAACCACGUCCUCGACUUCCUUCGCUACCUCGACCAGUUUGGAAAGACCAAGGUGCACUUACAUGGUUGUGUCUUUUUCGGGCAGCCCGACCCUCCUGCCCCUUGCACCUGCCCGCUCCGGCAGGCCUGGGGCAGCCUCGACGCGCUGAUCGGGCGCCUCAGGGCAGCGUAUGAGGAGCACGGAGGAGCACCGGAGACCAACCCUUUCGGUAACGGAGCUAUUCGGCUUUACCUGAGGGAAGUGAAGGAGUGCCAAGCUAAGGCGAGAGGGAUUCCAUACAAGAAGAAAAAGAAGAAGAGGAACAAUCAGCUCAAGGCGAUUAGUGAUGAGGCUAAGGGUUUGAAGCAGAUCACUUCUUGAUUAGUUGCUUUGGCUUCUUCGGAUCGAUUUAUGGAUCACAUAUAUAACAGGUCAUUUGGAUGCAUGAGAUGGAUAUAUAUAGCAAGGUCGUAAUCUGUAUUUCUUCCUCUGGAAAUGUGGAAAUAUGUUACGAUUUAUAUCAGCUAGCCUAGCUCUAAAUAAUCUUUACUACGUACUACAGCAAGCUAGCUAGUUCAAACCCUACUUGUAUUACUUUUAAAGUUUUAAGUAGUUGCAAUCAAUCUACACUACCUCUUGUAAGU